GUCUGCCGGUAACUUCGUUUUGUUGGUGUUGCUGUUGACUGUUGUGUAUCUAAAGAAACGUGCGCAUGAAUUGCAUUUUAAUAUUAGAUUUAUAAGGUAGCGAUAAAGUAGUAUACGUAAUAGUGUUCGUCGUUUUAGAAAGAAAAGACUCAAUAUAAAAAAUGAGUAACGAUCCCGAAAAGUUUGAUUCCAUGCUUCUUGCAAUGGCACAACAACAUGAAGGUGGUGUAAAGGAUUUAUUGGGGACAAUAGUUAGUUUCUUAGCAAGAAAAACAGAUUUCUUUACUGGAGGAAAAGAUGGAGAGUGGGAGAAGAUAGUGAAAGACACAUUUUAUAAACAUGCAAAGAAGGCGCAAGAGGAGGCGGAUAAAAUUAAGAAAGAGAAAGAAGAAGCUGAUAGACGGCUUAAGGAUAUUCAGCAGAAAAAAGAACAGGAACGUUUAGCUCGAGACUUUGAACCGGCUACUGUGAAGGAACUUACAGAAGAAGAAGCUGUUGAGUUACAAGAAGAUAUUGAUAAAGAUGCAAAGAAUAAAAACGAAAAUGGCAGUGGUGAUGUUGCAGCUACUGACGCCGAAAUGGCAGAUGCAGCUGAGGAGGAUGAUCCUAAAGAAAAAGGCAAACUAAAGCCGAAUUCUGGCAACGGCUGUGAUCUUGAACAUUAUAGGUGGACCCAAACCUUGGAAGAAGUUGAGUUACGUGUACCAUUACGUCAAGUUCUUCGUCCUCGUGACCUGACGGUGAUUAUUAAUAAGCGGCACCUCAAAGUGGGAAUUAAAGGGCAACCGCUCAUCAUCGAUGGGGAAUUGGAUGCCGAUGUCAAAAUAGAAGAAUCCACAUGGGUGCUGCAGGAUGGACGUAAUUUACUCGUCAAUUUGGAAAAGGUUAACAAAAUGAAUUGGUGGAGCCGCCUCGUCUCGACCGAUCCCGAAAUAUCCACAAGGAAAAUCAAUCCAGAACCAUCAAAGUUAUCGGAUUUAGACGGAGAGACAAGAGGCCUAGUUGAGAAAAUGAUGUACGAUCAAAGACAAAAAGAAAGGGGACUACCCACCAGCGAGGAACAGAAGAAACAGGACGUACUUAAGAAAUUUAUGGAACAACAUCCGGAAAUGGAUUUCUCGAAGUGUAAAUUUAAUUAAAGAUGAUUAAAAACUUAUCCAAUUCUUCGAUGUCGAUAGCUCGCUUUAUU